CUCACUGGGAGCUGUCACCGUGGACUGCGGCGGCGGCGGCGGCGGCGGCGGCGAGGGCGGCACAGCGCCGGUAGUGGAGCCGCCGAGGAGGGUCACGCAGCACAAUGCCAUCUCUGCCCUUGGACCAACUCCAGAUCACCCACACGGACCUGAAGACAGGAAAACUGAGGACUUCUCCAGCGCUGCACCCCGAGCAGAAGGCAGACCGGUAUUUUGUGUUAUACAAACCGCCCCCUAAAGACAACAUUCCCGCCCUAGUGGAGGAGUACCUGGAACGCGCCACCUUCGUAGCCAAUGACCUCGACUGGCUCCUGGCCUUGCCUCACGAUAAAUUCUGGUGCCAGGUUGUCUUCGAUGAAACUCUGCAGAAGUGCCUGGACUCCUAUCUGCGCUAUGUGCCCCGAAAGUUCGAUGAGUGGGUGGCUCCGGCCCCUGAGGUUGUUGACAUGCAGAAACGGCUCCAUCGAAGUGUCUUCCUCACUUUCCUGCGCAUGUCUACUCAUAAGGAAUCCAAAGAACACUUCAUUUCCCCCUCUGCAUUUGGAGAAAUCCUCUACAAUAACUUCCUGUUUGACAUCCCAAAGAUCCUGGACCUCUGCGUGCUCUUUGGAAAAGGCAACUCGCCUUUGCUCCAGAAGAUGAUAGGAAACAUCUUUACCCAGCAGCCAAGUUACUAUAGUGACCUGGAUGAAACCAUGCCCACCAUCCUUCAGGUUUUUAGCAAUAUCCUCCAGCACUGUGGUUUGCAAGGGGACGGGGCCAGCGCCACACCCCAGAAGCUCGAGGAGAGGGGACGGUUGACGCCCAGUGACAUGCCUCUCCUGGAAUUAAAAGACAUUGUUCUCUACCUUUGUGAUACCUGCACUACGCUCUGGGCCUUUCUGGAUAUCUUCCCUUUGGCUUGCCAAACCUUCCAGAAACAUGACUUCUGUUACAGACUAGCUUCCUUUUAUGAAAUUGCAAUUCCCGAACUGGAGUCUGCAAUUAAGAAGAGGAGACUUGAAGAUAGCAAGCUGCUAGGUGACCUGUGGCAGAGGCUGUCCCAUUCCAGGAAGAAGCUACUGGAGAUUUUUCACAUCCUCAUGAACCAGAUCUGCCUCCUCCCUGUCCUGGAAAACAGCUGUGACAACAUUCAGGGCUUCAUCGAAGAGUUCCUUCAGAUCUUCAGCUCCUUGCUGCAGGAGAAGAGGUUCCUCCGGGACUAUGACACACUCUUUCCUGUGGCCGAUGAUGUCAGCUUGCUACAGCAGGCCUCAGCAGUCUUGGACGAGACUCGGACUGCCUACAUCCUCCAGGCAGUCGAGAGUGCCUGGGAAGGGGUGGACCGUCGGAAAGCCACAGAUGCUAAAGACCCACCAGUGGCUGAGGACCCCAGUGGAGUCACUGUGAUGGUGGAACCAGUCAGUGGACCGUCCUCACAUCUGGAAAACUCAGAAGAGGAAUGCAUGGGGGCGGCUGCUCCCUUGGGCCCCACUGUGUCUGGCGUGGAGCUGGACUCGCUCAUCUCCCAAGUGAAGGACCUGCUGCCAGAUCUCGGUGAGGGCUUCAUCCUGGCCUGCCUGGAGCACUACAGCUACAGCCCGGAGCAGGUGAUCAACAACAUCCUGGAGGAGCGGCUGGCCCCCGCCCUCAGCCAGCUGGACCGCAGCCUAGACAGACAGGUGAAGCCAGACCCGACACCCCUGCUCACAUCUCGUCACAACAUCUUCCAGAAUGACGAGUUUGAUGUGUUCAGCAGAGAUACAGUGGACCUGAGCCGGGUGCACAAAGGCAGGAGGAAGGAGGAGAACGCGCGGAGCCUGCUGAAUGACAAGCGGGAGGUGGUGGCGCAGCGGCAGCGCUACGAGCAGUACAGUGUGGUGGUGGAGGAGGUGCCGCUGCAGCCAGGUGAAGGCGAGCCCUAUCGCGGGGACGACUAUGAGGAUGAGUACGAUGACACGUAUGAUGGCAACCAGGUGGGCGCCAACGAUGCCGACUCGGAUGAUGAGCUCAUCAGCCGCAGGCCCUUCACCAUCCCUCAGGUGCUGAGAACCAAAGUGCCCGGAGAAGGGCAGGAAGAGGACGAAGAGGAGGAGGAGGAGGAGGCUGAGGACGAGGCUCCCAAGCCUGACCAUUUUGUGCAGGACCCGGCGGUGCUACGGGAGAAAGCAGAAGCCAGGCGCAUGGCCUUCCUCGCCAGGAAGGGGUACCGGCAUGACAGCUCGACGGCAGUGGCCGGCAGUCCCCGGGGCCACGGGCAGAGCCGUGAGACAACCCAGGAACGCAGGAAGAAGGAAGCCAACAAGGCGACACGAGCCAACCACAACCGGAGAACCAUGGCUGACCGCAAAAGAAGCAAAGGCAUGAUUCCAUCCUGAGACCGCCAUGGCAGGGCCAGCGGGGGGCAGCAGCACCAGACCUGCUGGGCUGAGUUACCGUAGCCUUGGGUCUCCUCACCAGUUGGCCUCCUGCCAGGGCCCCAAGUUCAACUCCACCCCCUCAACAGCCUCAGCUUUGCAGCCCCUGAGAAGGCCGCCUCGUCGUCCACCAGCCAGCCGUGAGCACCUUCUUGCAGAACACACAGUGCCUUAUCUCACAGCGGAAGAACCCCUGGGGCCAGUGAGCAGGCAGAAGGGAUGGGGACAGAGCCCCAAGGCAAGCCCCACAAACCUCAUGCAGCAAGACACCACUUCUCUUUUACCCUGGAUGGCAGGAAACCUGUAAAUUUAAAAAACAAAAACAAAAAAGGCCUGCAAAUAAAGUUUUUGCCCCUUUCAA